AUGAAUUCUAUGAACUCGCGCCUGAAAUCUUUCGGUUUCGGUAAACGGAAAUCCACCGCCAGCAUCCAGGGUCCGCCCUCCACCCCUGACAACCCCGCGAGCCAGCUAGGCUAUCAGCCCAGCCUGCCCCCUCCUCCUCCCUCUCAAAUAUCGCAACCGCCUCUGGGCCACGCUCCCGCCUCUUCUGUGUCUUCUUCCGCCGCUUCUGUGUCCAACGUCCCCAUGAAUCACCCGCCCCCCGGAAAUCGACCGCCCAGCUAUACGGCGAACUUUCAUGGUCAACCUCCCCUCGGUCGCACCAGCCCUCUAACUCACCCCGGUCCUACACGAACUCCCCCGAGCCAAAUGGUUGGAGGCCCGCCUCCGAUCAACACGGGAGCCCCUGUUGCGGGCUAUCCCCCUCAUGCCCCCGUUCCCGGUGGCCCACCCCCGAUGGGAGGACCACCUGGCUAUGGUGGCGCACCCGCUGGCUACCCUCCUGGCCCGCCGCCUCCGCAGCAGCAGCAGCAACAACCAGGCGCUCCCAUGGCCCAAUAUCAUCGACCUGGAAACCCCGCCGAGGUCGAAGGCAAUAGCCGCAGCAAGGCCCAAUUAAUUGUUGGCAUUGAUUUUGGCACGACAUUUUCGGGAGUUGCAUUCGCUUUCGCGACCAACAACGAAGCCAAGGAGGAUAUCAUCACCGAGUGGCCCGGUGCUGGCUCCUACACUAAGCAAAAGAUUCCGACUGUGCUAUACUACGAUCAGUAUCAGAAGGUUGUUGGAUGGGGCCCCGAUAUUGCCGAUGCUCUUGCCCCCACUGGAUAUCCCAAACCCGGAGUGCAAAAGGUCGAAUGGUUUAAGCUACAGUUGAUGCUGAGCGGAAACACGUACAUCGACCCAAUCAACCUGCCCCCGCUCCCACCCGGGAAGUCCGAAAUCGAUGUUGCGGCAGAUUAUCUCUUUAAGCUUCGCCAGGCCAUGCGCUCAGCCCUACAGAAGACUCUAGGUGAGGUCUUCAACCGAGAGGAACGCAACAUUCGGUAUUACCUGACUGUUCCUGCCAUUUGGAACGACGCCGGGAAGGCUGCCACUCGUUCCGCCGCCAUUCAGGCCGGAUUCCUCCGAGACGAGAAUGAUAAUCGUUUGACCCUCAUCUCCGAACCCGAAGCCGCCGCUCUAUUUUGCUCCAAGACUGGUCUCCUGAACCUCAAGGUGCACGAUGCCGUCUUGAUUGUCGAUUGUGGUGGUGGUACGGUCGAUCUUAUUGCAUAUGAAGUCGAAGACGAAAACCCGUUUACCGUCGCCGAGUGCACGGCCGGAUCUGGCGACUCGUGCGGCUCGACAGCCCUAAACCGCAACUUCAGCAACAUCCUUCGCACGAAGAUUCGAAAGAUGAAGCUUCCCGAUGGUUCCAAGACUGCCGGCCGUGUAUACGCCAAGUGUAUCAUGGAUUUUGAGAACCGUAUCAAGGCCGAUUUCCGCAAUAAUGGCCAGAAAUGGGCUGUCGACGUGGGCAUCGAGGCCGAAUUCCCCGAGGCCGGCAUUGAGGAAGGAUACAUGACAUUCACGAACGAGGAAAUUCUGCAAUGUUUCGAGCCAGUCGUCAAUCGAAUUUUGGAGCUUGUGAGGAACCAGAUCAUUGCUAUCCAGGCGCAAAACAGGACGCUCCAGAAUAUCCUCGUCGUCGGAGGCUUCGGUGCCUCUGAGUAUCUCUUCCAGCAGAUCAAGCUACAUGUUCCGCCUCAGUUCCAGUCCAAGGUUGUCCGACCCAUGGACUCGGUGGCAGCCAUUGUCAAGGGUGCAGUCACAGCCGGUAUCACCGAGCGCGUUAUCACUCACCGUGUUGCUCGACGACACUACCUCAUGGCUACUCUCCAGCCUUUCAAGGAGGGAUACCAUCCCGAAGCUUACCGCGUUCCCUCUCUCGAUGGCAAGGAUCGGUGCAAGUUCACGCGACAAAUCUUCGUGCAAAAGGGUCAAAAGGUCAAGAUUGGUGAGCCCGUCAAAGUAUCAUUCUUCCGCCAGGUGGCUCCUGGUGCCACCCUCAUGUACGAGGAUAUCUUAUACGCAUGCGACGAUGACGUUUGCCCCGAAUACACUAAGGAUCCUCGGAUCAAGGAAGUUGUCACGCUUACGUCGGAUUUGUCUCGAAAGAACCUGGAGAAGGACUUUGAGCGAAUGGACACGCCCCAGGGAACGUUCUACCGAGUGUACUUUGAUAUCUACCUUACUCUCGAUGGUUCUGAGUUUAGCGCGGAGCUGGUAUGCCAAGGCGAGGUUAUGGGCCGGUGCCGAGCUCGCUUCCGAUAA